CAUCCCAAACUCCGUAGUUACAGAAUACCAAUUUCUCCCUCUCACAUGGCCAUGUCGUCGGCCGACAACGACACGUCAUCAACGGCCGCAUGCAAAUCUUCAUCGCUUCUUGAAAACGUCUUAUCGGAUUCCAAGCUCUCGCCGGUGCACCGCCUCCGAAAGGCCACCGCGAUCGAGCUGAAAGCUCUCUUCCGCCUGGCCGGCCCGGCUAUCGUCGUCUACAUGCUAAACUACGUCGUUUCGAUGUCGACCCAAGUCUUCUGCGGCCACCUCGGCAACCUCCAGCUCGCCGCCGCCUCCCUCGGCAACGGCGGCAUCCAAGUCUUCGCAUACGGCCUCAUGCUAGGAAUGGGCAGCGCGGUGGAGACGUUAUGCGGUCAGGCCUACGGCGCCAAAAAGCCCGAACUUCUCGGCCUAUACACCCAACGCUCCGUCGUCCUCCUCACGGCCACCGGAAUCCCGCUGACGAUCCUCUACGUCUUCUCCAAGCCCGUCCUGGUCCUGCUCGGCCAGUCGCCGGACAUCGCCUCCGCCGCCGCGCUCUUCGUCUACGGCCUCAUCCCGCAGAUCUUCGCCUACGCCGCCAACUUCCCCAUCCAGAAGUUCCUCCAGGCGCAGAGCAUCGUGGCGCCGAGCGCGUACAUCUCACUCGCGGCGCUGGGCCUGCACCUCCUCUUCAGCUGGCUCGCCAUCUACAAACUGGGCUGGGGCCUGCUGGGUGGGUCCCUAGUGCUGAGCCUCUCUUGGUGGGCCGUCGUCGCGGCCCAGUUCGUCUACAUAGCGGCGAGCCCGCGGUGCAAGGAGACGUGGACCGGGUUCAGCUCCCAGGCGUUCUGCAAGCUGGGCCAGUUCGCGAAAAUCUCGGCGGCUUCCGCGGUGAUGCUCUGUUUGGAGUCUUGGUAUUACCAGAUCUUGGUUCUGGUUGCCGGGCUGCUCAAAAAUGCCGAAAUUGCCCUUGCUUCCCUCGCCAUAUGGUAAUUACAAAAAAAAAAAAAAUGAAAAUCUCAUUUACGUAGUAUCCCGGAUGAUUGGGACUAGUCGACGGGACUAGUCGACGGGAGAGAUUAAUUAAUUAACGCGUGUUGUUUGUACUACAGCACGACAAUAUCAGGAUGGGUGUACAUGAUAUCAGUGGGCUUCAACGCGGCAGCAAGCGUGAGGGUGAGCAAUGAGCUAGGAGCAGGGCAUCCGAGGUCAGCAUCCUUUGCCGUGUGGACGGUGACAGUGAUCUCAUUCGUCAUCGCCCUGGUGUUGGGCGUUGUAGUCUUGUUGUUGCGUGACGUCAUCAGCUACGCCUUCACCGGCGGCGUCACGGUGGCGGCCGCCGUCUCGGAGCUCAGCCCUUUCCUCGCGGUUUCCAUCUUGCUUAAUGGAAUUCAGCCGGUUUUAUCCGGAGUGGCGGUUGGUUGUGGAUGGCAAGCGUUUGUCGCCUAUGUAAACGUUGGAUGUUAUUACAUAGUGGGCCUGCCCUUGGGUUGCAUUUUGGGCUUCAAGUUUGAUCAAGGAGUCAAGGGGAUAUGGACCGGAAUGAUUGGAGGAACGUUCCUGCAGACAGCGAUAUUGUUGUGGGUUACUUAUCGAACUGAUUGGGAUAUAGAGGUGAAAAAGACAAAAACCCGUCUGGAAAAAUGGGAGCAUGGGACACUGAUGAUCCAAGAGAACGAAUCAUGAUUGAUGAUAUGAAUUGAUAAUAGAAAGUACAAUCCAAUUAACUAAUACUUGAAAUUUGGAUAGGGUAAUGAGUGUUGUCUAGAUCUCAUUGAAAUGACUACUCGGAUUGUGCUACAAUAUUUGUUAUAUUGAUACGUAAUGGAGUGUUCAAAACAAAAUACUGCGAGGAGAAAACAAAUCAUAUUCAUCCCCUUUUUUCAAUUUACUUAGCUUAUAUAUAAUAAUUGAGUGUUUGAUCAUUAAGGAAAUGAACCUUAGCUAGCUUGUUAAGAAAUGUGAUUCUUGUCAACGAUGACAAAAUAUUUUGAUGAGACAUCUACGAAGGUGACAGCUGUUGUUACGGUUCAUACCUCCUCAAAUAGUGUUCUAAUGCAAGUGUUUGAUGUAGAAGGAAUAUAC